UUCUAAAUAUUUAUGUUUUGUUUAAAAAUUAUAUUCUCUUAAAUUUAGCCCUGCUACAUAGUCCGUGAAUAGCUGGAACCUGAAAUACAAAACUAGAGCUGGGAAGAAGCUUUGUGUAAACAAGUGUAACAAAUUGACGUCUAUGAAAAAUUUCGGGGACCUCUAAAUACCCCCCAUACUUUUUUUUCAGUCAAAAAUACUUUUCUAAAUAAGGAAGAUAAGAUAAGAUAAGAUAGAAACGUAUAAAUUUUCCUUCGAUGUGGAAACUUCUGUUACUGAAAAGUAGGAGGACAAAUAAAAGAAAGUUUCCUUGACUGGCAUAUUUUUAAAAACCGAUUACGUGAUUAGGAGCUACAUCAAUUUUCUCAUUUUCCGCGUACACUUUUAAAAUUUAAACAGAUUUUAGAGUGCGACUCGAUCUUGACUGAGUGUUUGUUUUAUGUCAUGUUCGAGGAGACUUAGCUUAAUUUGAAAAGCAUUCGUCUUUUUUAAGAUUUAAUAAUUCCACGAGGCUAUAAAAAGAAACACGAAUUCCCCAGAGAUUCUUUGAGGACUUCACGGCUGACGUAAAAAUUUAUUGUAAAAAAAGAAAUAUUGAAUUGGCAAAUAUUGACCAACAAAAAUGGAAGAACAAUCUCCUAUCACGUCCCAAGACAAUGACAGUGAAAUAACUUAUAAGGAUUUCUUGCCUGCAAAUGAUGGGCAAGUUAAGCCACAUUAUGAAAGUUUCAGGACCUUGAUGAAUCAUGCCAAUAAUUGGUUGAAACUUAACACCCAUUGGAAGGUAAGAACAUGUGAAACUUUAGAGUUCACCUUCAACAAUACUGUGGUUGAUACAUCAAAAAUGGUCUAUGUGAAAAACGCCUCACUCCGCCAUAUCAUAGGACUCAGAUUAUGGCUGCAGAGAUUUCCACCUGGGGAGGAAAACGUGCAAGAAAUUGGUUACAUUAACUUGAUACCUAAAAUUACAUACGGUAAAAAUGACCUCGUUGGCUUUCCUGAAUUUGAGAAGUUAGGAGAUGUUGUUAUGCGCUAUAAUGAGGAAUCUCAGUCAUCUCCGAUUCCUGGGCGUAUUAUUACAAUAGAAACUCCUCCCUACAAGGUUCGAAACAGAACUCUUGUAGAUCCCGAAUUCACACACAGGACUGAAUAUCACAACCGUCAUUACCAAUUUGCGUUUAUCAUAAGAAUAUAUUAUGAAGUUGGUGAACCUAUGCGGGAAAAAAUUGGUUUUCAAGAUUUCAUUCCAAAUAUAGAAAGGGAUCCUUGCUUUUCAAUUUGCAGGGAAUACCAGGAGUUUUCUGUUUUGACAUAUAAAGCCUCCAGAUGGUGUUUGCGUCAGACAAAUUUAAGAAUUUGCAAUAACCAAUUUUUGCUUACAAAAUUAGUUGGAACUACUACUGCUGAUUCAACAAAAAUGAGUUACGUGAAGCAUGGAGCGGUGCACACAGUAUGCUUUGUCGAAGACCAAUUAUUGCCAAUUGCUAAUCAAAGAUCUACAGCAUUUUUACGAAUAUUGCGAGUGGCGUACAUUCGAUUACCGCAUGGUGUCAAAGUUCCAUUUGCUCGAUUCACUUGCAAAUCGUUCCUCCCUGUACUGCUGAGACCUGGAGUUUGCUGUCAUGGAACGCAUCCUGAAUUCGAGACCUUAAAAGAAACUGUGCAGAGGGCUUCAGCGUGGAUAAAAGAAAAAGGUGCAAAUGUAUUGAGCAUAGAAACAUCUGAUUGUCGAUUGUAUAAAAAGGGAGCUGCUUAUAGCUCAGGGGUAACUUGUUACUUCACCCCUUCUCUCCAUGAUCGAUACUGUUUCUUUAUUAUACGAGUAUACAUGGAUGGUGAGUACGGUGAAGAAAAUGAAGAAGACAGUGCUUUAGUACCUUCACAUGCAUGCUGUUGCAAUAUACAGUAAAAUAUUGAUUAGUGAGGUCAUAUUCCUUGCUGUAGUCAUUUUUUAAAUAUUAUUAUGGUUAACAUAUAAGUGAAGAGAAGCUUAACCCUGCCCCAACAGGGCAUCCGGGGAAAUUGCGCUUCUGUGUUCCCGAAUUGCGCUUCUGUGUUCUAUCAGUACAAGAAAACAAAUAGAAUAUGGUGAACAAAAGAGACUUUCAAAUGAAUAAGCAACCCAGAGAGUGGGAUACACGGUAGUAAAUGUGCCGAUUUAAAGAUGUGAUGCUUACAGAGCUACAACUGAAGGAUGUUUCGUAAUAUAAAUUAUGUUAUUAUAUGUUAACAUGUAAAUAUAUUGAAACUUUAUUGUUUAUUUGAUGAAACAUUUAUUGUAUACUUAAUUUCUGUUUCACCUACAUAUGGUCUUCCUCUUGGUGAUGACUAAGUUAUAUAUAUAUUUUUUUUGUUUAUUUAUUAAAUGAAAUUGCUUUUGGGAAAAUUGCUUUUUUUGUAAAUAUUAUUUAAUAUCGAGAAAAUUGAUUUGAGUUAACAAAUGGAACCCAACAGCAAACCUUUGAGGAAGACAAGUAAACCUUUGAAGUAGAGAGCUUUGGUUACAAUAAUCAAGUGAGAAAAAAAUGCUCUAAAUACACGGUAGUAAAUGUGCCGAUUUAAAGAUGUGAUGUUUACAGAGCUACAACUGAAGGAUGUUUCGUAAUAUAAAUUAUGUUAUUAUAUGUUAACAUGUAAAUAUAUUGAAACUUUAUUGUUUUUUUACUGAAACAUUUAUUGUACUUAAUUUCUGUUUCACCUAGAUAUGGUCUUCCUCUUGGUGAUGACUAAGUUAUAUAUAUAUAUAUUUUGUUUAUUUAGUAAAUAAAAUUGCGUUUGGGAAAAUUGC